GUAAGUACUACCAGGCUGAUUUGCAACGUCAACAGCAACGUACGCGCGCCAGGCAGGCAUAGAUAAACGUCUGGUUCAAGCUCCCAUUGCCAAUAGGGCGUGGAAUGUCGUAUCAACUUGUCAAAUACCACGCAGAAAUCUAGUGGAGGGGGAGCUACACCCACAAAGAGCCUAGGUAUUAGUAAGGCCAAGCUAGCGCUCAGCGGGCCCGGCGGGACUACGGUAAUUAAGUCACUUGGUAGAUUAUAAACAUCCAAGUUCUACAACUUCCCAGCUCCAAGCUAAAGACUCAACCCGCUGAUCAUCGACUAUGCCAGAAUCCGACAAGACGCGCAUUUUCGUAACAGGUGCUACUGGUUACAUUGGUGGAUCUGUUUUGUCUGCAUUGUUAUCCCACCCUAGGGCCACAUCGUUUCAGAUAACUGUUCUCACUCGCUCCUCCGAGAAGGUCGAGCUGUUUAAUAGCGUCGGAGUCGUAGUUGUCGUUGGCUCGAAUCAAGAUCUUGAAAAGCUGACAGAACAUGCUAGGGAUUCUGAUGUGGUCAUUGCCUGUGCUGACGCCGAUGACCUUCAGGCAGCCAAAGCAAUUCUCUUAGGAUUGAAAAAGAGAUACGACGAGACUGGCAGGGUCCCUAUUCUCAUCCACACUUCUGGAACCGGGGUUUUUAUCGACGUUGCUGCUGGAAAUUAUGCUACCGAUAAAAUCUAUUCCGACCUUGACAUCCCGAUGAUCGAGUCGCUACCCAAAACACAACCUCAUCGUGAAGUUGACAUCGAAAUUGUCGCUGCUGGUGAAAAAGGUUACGUGCGGACAUAUAUCAUCUUGCCUUCGACGAUUUAUGGCAUCGCGAAUACAUCAAUGGUCAAACUCGGCAUUCAGAACCCGUACUCUAUACAAAUCCCUAAGCUCAUCAAAGCCAGCAUUGACAGAAAACAGGGUGGAGUCGUCGGGAAAGGGUUGAAUCUAUGGCCUAACAUUCACAUCGAUGACACAGCGACUUUGUACACCGCCGUUUUCGAUGCUGCCGUGAAGGGACCAGGUGAAGCAGGCCACGGUCGCGAGGGCUUUUAUUUCGGUGCAAAUGGAGAGCAUCGUGUGGGCAGGAUCUCUGAAGUUAUCGCGGAGUUGUUAUAUGAGAUGAAGGUGGGCAAAAGUCCCGAACCUACGGUUUUCACGGAGGAAGAAUUGCAGAAGUAUUUUGGGGGCCCAUAUCUUGGAUCGAACUCUCGUGUGCGGGCGGAACGAGCUAAAUUGAUCGGUUGGAAACCAGUGCACACCGUCGACAGCCUUUGGGCGAGUCUCAAGCUAGAGACCGAGGCGAUGCCGGAGAUACAAAACAUCUAAGUUGGGAGUCACAUAAAUUCAGGAUCUGUACUACUAGGGGUUCGCUGUGCGAACUUAUGACCUUGCUCCGCUUUUUUUUUCAAUUCACACGGCAUUCAGGUUAUUCUGUUUACUGGUUUUCUUAUGUGUAAAUACGUUGAAAAACUGUGUUGUAUUUGUAUCAUUCUGUAGUUUAGUUUAUGUCUAGGCAAAAUUGUAUGCGACUGUAUGAUGUUCGUGUCACUUAUUAUCCCAACACCUACAUAUGUGACCUUGCUCCGCAACGCAAUUCUUAUCAACACCAGUUACUGUCAC